AUAAUUCCAAAUCAUAAUUAUUUUAGUUGUAAAAUUCCAAAUUUGAAGGACCAUAGUGCAUAAUUUUUCAAUUAUUCUAAUUCAAUUUCAGAGAUUCAUCAUCUUCUUAAUCCUCAUUUCUCCUCCUCUUCUGCAGAGCAUCCAACAUGGGCAAACAGAGCGAGGAGAAAGGCGAGUUGUGUCCUUUAAUCGAAACCCAUAAUCAUGACUUCCACGGCGGCUCCAGCGGCGGCCGAGCUCCUGCCUCCGCCACUUUCGCCCUCAUUUUCAGCACUUUGGUUGCUGUAUCUGGCUCAUACGUUUUUGGGACUGCCAUUGGAUAUUCAUCACCUUCAGAGUCUGGAAUCAUGACUGACCUGGAUCUUACUGUAUCAGAGUAUUCAGUCUUUGGUUCAAUAUUGACAAUUGGAGCAAUGAUUGGUGCUAUUGUGAGUGGAAAACUGGCAGAUUAUAUUGGUAGAAGAGGUACAAUGGGUUUUGCAGAGAUCUUUUGCCUCUUGGGGUGGUUUCUUAUAGCAUUCUCUAAGGCUGCUUGGUGGUUGGAUAUAGGACGAAUACUAGUAGGAUUCGGAAUGGGAGUUAUCUCUUACGUGGUUCCUGUCUUUAUAGCAGAAAUAACACCCAAGGAACUUCGAGGAGCAUUUAUAACAGUUCAUCAGCUGAUGAUAUGUUUUGGUGUUUCACUGACAUGGCUGAUUGGAGCUUUUGUGAACUGGAGGACUCUUGCUCUAAUUGGAGCGAUUCCAUCUCUAAUACAACUCGUAGGUCUUCCUUUCACUCCAGAGUCUCCUAGAUGGCUGGCAAAGAACGACCAAGGGCUAGAUUGUGAAGCUGCUCUCCAACGGCUAAGGGGGAAGAGUAAAGAUAUUUCUGCAGAAGUUUUAGAGAUUCAAGAAUACACAGAAUUGCUUAAACAGCUCCCUGAACCAAGUGUUCUUGAUUUAUUCCAAAGGCAAUAUGCACGUUCUCUCAUUGUAGGAGUCGGCCUUAUGGUACUGCAACAAUUUGGAGGUGUUAAUGGCAUAGGAUUCUACGUAAAAUCUUUAUUCACUUCGGCUGGGUUUUCAGGAAAUAUUGGAACUAUAGCAUUGGCUGCUGUUCAGAUACCAAUGACUGCUCUUGGUGUGGUUUUGAUGGAUAUAUCAGGACGACGACCGCUUUUGAUGAUUUCUGCAGCAGGAACUUGCGUGGGUUGUUUAUGUGUUGCAUUAUCGUUCCUCUUUAAGGAUCUCCAACUAUGGCGAUCUGGUUCUCCCAUGUUGGCACUUGUCGGUGUACUGACGUUCUCGGGAUCUUUCUCGUUGGGCAUGGGAGCAAUUCCUUGGGUCAUAAUGUCGGAGAUAUUUCCUAUAAACAUGAAGGGAUUGGCUGGCAGCUUGGUUACUUUAGUGAGUUGGCUAGGCUCUUGGAUUGUCUCAUACAGUUUCAACUUUCUUUUUCAUUGGAGCUCUACAGGUAUCUUUUUCAUAUUCUCAAGCAUAUGUGGCCUCACAGUUUUGUUUGUUGCAAAGUUUGUACCUGAAACUAAGGGUAGAACUUUGGAAGAAAUUCAAGCUGCAAUGAACCCUUUAUCUACCCAAAGUUGAACAUUUGUUGGUUCCCACAAAUAAUCCAUAUGAACCAUCAUUGAAUUCUUUUUAGUUUGAAUUUAAAAAAUGAUGACAAUAGCUUUGAUUCAGAUAUUGGAUGUUAUUUUCCAAUAAUAAUUCAUUCUGAUAUGGAAUUGUAAUAUGAUUUACUGUCUAGUAUUAUGUAUUAUGAACAUUCUGCAA